AUGCCCGCAAGCCUCGCAAAACGCACCAUCAACCCCAAAACCGCCAACGGCGCCUACACCCAGUCCCAACGCGACGCCCAGCGCGCCGCCCUCAUCCUCGCCGGCACCGAACAAGCCCGCCAAUCCAUCCUCCUCCCCAGCCCCCCCGACGCCACAAACAUCACCUUCCAAUUCAUCAACAACACCGUCGCCCCGCCCACCGGCGGCACAAUCUUCCUCUCCACCCUCGCCAGCUUCCCCGCCCUCGAGGGCUCCUCGGUCGCCAUGGCAAUCGGCUUCAUGAACCCCUGCGCCCUCAACACGCCCCACAUCCACCCGCGCGCAAACGAGUUCCUCACCGUCGUCCAGGGCUCCCUCAUCGGCUCCGUCAUGCUUGAGCGCGACUCCGGCUUCGGAAACGCGGACGCCGUGCUCGCGAAUUACACCGGCAUGCUCUUCCCCAAGGGCAAGGUGCACUGGCAGUUCAACAACGAGUGCGAGCCCGCCGUGUUUGCGGCCGCGUUUGACGACGCGGAUCCCGGGCGCGCGGAGAUUGCGGCGCAGUUUUUCAGUGGCUUGCCUGCUGAUACCGAGUUUAGCGCGACGGGCAAUCAGCUGGAUACGUUGAGUCCUGAGCAGAUUUCCAAGUUGAGGGAUAGUAUUCCGAGUACGUUUGUGACGCUCAGUCAGGAUUGUGCGAAGAGGUGUGGGAUUCCGGCGUAG